ACCUUCCGACAAUCUCAGGGGGCACUUAACUGAUUUUCAAAAAUGCCAAGUAGGAAAUUCGCCGACGGGGAGCUGGUGAGAGGCCGAUGGCCUGGGAGUUCGCUUUACUUUGAAGUAGAAAUCCUGAGCCAUGACAGCAACUCCCAGCUUUACACUGUCAAAUACAAGGAUGGCACCGAACUUGAACUGAAGGAGAAUGAUAUCAAGCCUCUAACUUCCUUCAGGCAAAGGAAAAGUGGCUCCACGUCCAGUUCUCCCUCCAGACGGCGAGGGAGCAGGUCGAGGUCGCGCUCCCGGUCCCCAGGCCGGCUCCCUAAAAGUUCCCGCCGGUCCUCCUCCGCUUCGCACAAGGCCGACGUUAAGGAAAUGAGGAAGGAAGUGUUGGAAGUGAAAUUGACCCCGCUGGUGUUGAAGCCAUUUGGAAAUAGCAUCUACAGAUACAAUGGGGAGCCUGAGCACAUAGAGAGGAACGACAUACCCCACAAAAACACACAGGAAAAAUUUCACUUGCCACAAGAACGUAGUUAUACAUCUACAGAGUAUAGCCUUCGUCCAAGAAGAGAAGAGAUCAAAUUAAAAGAAGUCGAUUCUAAGGAAGAGGAAAUUGUUACAAAAGGAGCUACAUUGUUGAGAACCUGUGAAGUGACAGGCACACGGACGAAGGAGUUAGAGUUCGGAGGAGUGCCUGGUGUGUUUCUCAUCAUGCUUGGCCUGCCUGCCUUCCUCUUCAUGUUGCUGUUGAUGUGUAAACAGAGGGAGCCUAGCCUGCUGAACUUCCCACCUCCUUUGCCAGCUUUGUCUGAUUUAUGGGAACCCAGAGUAUUUGGGGUCUACCUCCUCUGGUUUAUUCUGCAGGCUCUCUUCUACUUACUGCCAAUUGGGAAGGUUGUAGAAGGAACGCCUCUUACCGAUGGAAGAAGACUCAAGUAUAGAUUAAAUGGAUUCUAUGCGUUUAUCCUGACAUCGGUUGUGGUUGGAGGAUCUCUCUUCUGGGGUGUGGAGCUGUAUUAUGUGUACAACCAUUUCCUUCAGUUUGCACUGGCAGCCACUGUUUUCUCUGUGGUCCUGAGUGUUUAUCUCUUCGUGCGGGCCUGGAAGGCGCCCCGGGAGGAGCUGUCCCCAGCCAGCUCUGGAAAAGCCAUCUAUGAUUUCUUCAUUGGCCGUGAAUUAAACCCUCGGAUUGGCACUUUUGAUCUCAAAUACUUUUGUGAACUGCGCCCCGGAUUGAUUGGAUGGGUGCUUGUUAACUUGGUGAUGCUUUUGGCUGAGAUGAAGUUGCAGAAUCGUGCUGCUCCAUCCUUAGCAAUGAUUUUGGUUAACAGUUUCCAGCUCUUAUACGUGGUGGACGCUCUCUGGAACGAGGAGGCCUUGUUGACGACCAUGGACAUCACCCACGAUGGCUUUGGGUUCAUGCUGGCCUUCGGAGAUUUAGUGUGGGUGCCCUUCGUCUACAGCCUGCAGGCCUUUUAUUUGGUCGGUCAUCCACGUGAAGUGUCGUGGCCAGUGGCUUCUCUAAUCAUCGCUCUGAAACUUGGCGGAUAUGUAAUCUUCCGAUGUGCAAAUUCUCAGAAAAAUGCAUUCCGGAAAAAUCCCACCGAUCCAAAGCUUGCACAUUUAAAAACCAUUCAUACUUCAACGGGAAAAAAUCUCCUCGUUUCCGGAUGGUGGGGUUUUGUUCGCCACCCCAAUUACCUGGGGGAUCUCAUCAUGGCCUUGGCCUGGUCCCUCCCGUGUGGUUUUAGUCACAUUCUGCCUUAUUUCUAUGUGAUCUAUUUCACCGUAUUGCUGGUCCACCGAGAGGCCCGGGAUGAGCACCAGUGCAGGAAGAAGUACGGCCUGGCCUGGGAGAAGUACUGCCAGCGCGUGCCCUACCGCAUAUUUCCCUACAUUUACUGAUUCUGCUCUAGCCUGUUGUUUAAUGCUCCUGCAAUUCCAGCUUCCAUUUGCAAAAACAAGAAAAAAAAAUCCCAAACGAACCUUCUUUUGUUGCACUGACAGGAUCUUUAAGUUUUUUCUUUUUGAGUCAGGACUAUAGAGCCGAGUAGUAAGUCUUUUAAUAUAGCCACGCUUAUUUUUAUUAAAUAAUAACAAUUAACAUGAGGAAAAAUCUAAAGAAUGAGAAUUUGCAUUCUAAUAGGAGAUUUUCAGUCCUUUAAAAUCUGUAAAGAGAAAACAGUCUUAUAAAUGCACUGAAAAGAAUACUAUUGAUGUUUAUGGUUUUGAUGACUUUUCAAAUUUUGAUUUUUUUUUUGUUCUGUCAGUUGGUUUUUCUUAAAUGAAAACUGUUACGUUUAAAGUACAUUUGUUUUAGUGCAUUAAGAGAAUUUUCGUUUGUUUCCCCUGAAAUUAAUUUCCUAGUUCUGUGAUUUGAAAGUAAAAGCCGGUCCUGUCUUUAAUGCUCUGUGAAGAGGAUGAAAGAUUAUUAGCAGGCACUGUUUAAGGGAGACCACUAGGAAUAGUAGUUUAACCUCAGCUUCCAAAACUGCGUUUGAAACUGUAAAUACAUAGCUUGUAUGUAAUAUAUGGUGACUUCAGAUUUUUCUGUACAGUAUUUUGAAUGUGAAAUAAUUGUCAGGACUAAGUAUCUUUUUAACAAAAACAUUUGCAGUAUUUUAAAUUAAGUUUUGUAAAGUAAUACAUGUGAAUUAAAAAUUUUGAAGCAAUUAGAAUUCACUUAAUAUUGUAUAAAAGAUGCUAUUAAAACAUAGGAAGGGUGUUUUUUUUUUUUAAUCCAAAGUGUGUGAAUUUGGCUUUGCUACCUCAACUGCAGAUGUUUGUUUGCCUUUUAUAAACUGAUGCAAAUAGAAAAAAAUAGAAUAAAUAUAUAUUUUUGGAGUAACAUCACUAUUUAAACAUUUUUACAUGGAUUGGUGUUUGAAAAUUUGCCAUUUCAGGCUAAUAUUUUUGUAUGUUUUUGACUUUUUUAAUUAACCCGUGUUUUUGCUACUGUUGAGCUCAUGCAGUUUAUACUGUAUUUUGUAUAUGCUUUGUUUUUACAAAACUCUCCUCCCUGUGAAGGAGUAUGGGGUUCAUCUUUAGAAGUCUGUUCAUCUAAAAACAAUUUAAGGGGAUAGCUUAAAAUCCUUUCUCUCUUUUAGUUUAAUAGAUGUGCAUAAGGUAGCUUUAGC